CUUUCAAAACAUCCUUUAACCACUCUCAUUUCAAAGGUCUUUUUCUGGACUUUGUCACUGCAGAAAGAUCCAGGCGCUGACUUGUUUCCAUUGUAAACCUCAGCAACAGAAAUUGGCAGAUUUCUGCUUUCUCUCUACAAUGCAUGAAUGGGAGUCGCCGCAUUACGAGCCCUCACUUCCUGUUUCGGAGAAGUCAAACCCGCUGACUCGGGACAUCGACCGGGCUUCACCCAGUCGCAUUGUGAGGAUGUUGCAGAGCUGUGAUGCCGAGAUGUUUCUCAAAGAGACAGGAAGCACUUACCAGAUGCUUUUGUGUGACAAAGUGGUGAAAACCAUGAUGGAGGUGGCUGAACUAGUGGAGCUCAUCCUCAAGGAGCCACUGGACAGCCUUGUUGUCUUGAGUGGCUGUGGGACUUCAGGUCGCCUGGCUUUCCUAGUGGUGUCAGGAUUCAACAAAGCACUGAGAGAGAUGAACCACAGUGAGGUCUACGAAUACAUCAUCGCAGGAGGUGAUAGAGCGCUGUUUUCCUCCCAAGAGGCUCCAGAAGAUGACCCCCACCUGGGCAUGCGCUGUCUUAAGAAGGUGUGUGAAGGAAAGAAGAGGGUUUUGUUUAUUGGGAUUUCCUGUGGAUUAUCUGCUCCAUUUGUGGCAGGUCAGUUGGAUUUCUGCCUGCGACACCCGGAGGUCUUCACUCCUGUUUUGCUUGGUUUUAACCCUGCACAUCAGGCACGGAAUGAAUCCGUACCAGGUUGCACUUUCACUUUCCUCAAUGUGGUCCAAAGAAUGCAAGUGCUUGCCAAUGGUCGAAGGGCCUUUCUCAUCAACCCAUCAGUUGGGCCAGAGGCAAUCAGUGGCUCUUCCAGGAUGAAAGGAGGCAGUGCAACUAAGAUGCUCCUGGAGGUCAUCCUGGGUGCUGCUCAUGCUGCCGCAUUCUCACAUGCAGCCACCACACACCAGGGUAUCUUGCAGCACCUGAGAGCCUAUGAGAAAACAGUGGAGGUCACAUACUCUCAUAGUACAGCCAUAGCUGGCUUGGUGGCCGCAGCUGGGCAGAGUUUGCUCUGUAAGAAACAUGUGUGUUACCUGGGCUGGGGCAGCCUGGCUGUGCUUGGCCUCAUUGAUGCCAGUGAGUGUGAGCCUACCUUUGGAGCUGGUGGGUGUGUCGUAGCCCAUGGGGAUAUUCAAGCUUUCAUAAGUGGAGGACACAGAGCGCUCAACAACAAUGAGGGUUCCAUUGCUUUGAUGGGUCCCCAGUUUUGUAUUUCGCAUGAAGAGUUUUUGCUUCAUGUCCUACCCACUCUUGAUGACCAAGAUACUGUGAUUCUCAUCUACACACAUACCGACAAUGUCACCGAAGUGAUGAAUGUAGCCUACCGAGUGAGGGAAAAGAUGUCUAAUCUCUAUGCUAUUUACCACCGAGCUGAUGGAGAUGGUGCUGGUUUACACGAUGAAAUAAAUCGAUUGUAUAUGUCCACCUUAACAUUUUCAUGGCCAUUACCUACUUCUGGAAGUCUACAGCACAUGUGGGAGCUGUCCACUAAGUUGGUGCUGAACGCUGUGAGCACGGGAGCGCACAUCCUAAAGGGUAAGGUUUACCAGAACCACAUGAUCGACGUGCAAGUCACCAACAGCAAACUCUAUCGCCGAGCCACACAUUUAAUCCAGAAAUUGUCUGGUCAUCCUGAAGCCCAGUGUGAGGAAGCUCUCCUGAAGGCUAUCUACCAGGUGGACCACCUGACUGAGGACAUAACAUCCUGUCACAUGACCACACACACAGCCACUGGCAUUGAAAGGACAAAGGUAGUGCCUCUGACCUUGGUGUCAUUGCUGGCUGGUUGCUCUUUCGAUGAUGCGAGGUCUCAUCUGGAUCAGGAGCCAAUCAUACGAAAGGCUGUGGAGGCAUGUCUGCAGUAAUGUCCAAGAUAUAAAAUUAAGCAACAGAUACAAGUGACAUUAUUCUGUCCAUGAAUCUCUCUACCGAUGAAGAUGCAUGAGCCUUGUUUGUAUAUUUUCCCAAUCUCAUUCUCGUAUAUUUUCAGCUUCUCUUUAACUCACCAAAAUCACAUUUAAUGUGUAUGCAUUUUUUGCUGAUCUUCAGUCUUAAUUGUUCAUGUUUUAAAAUCAAAUCUGCACACAUUGAAACAUUUGGAUCGGUAUUCAAAUCUGCUGUGCUCAAGCGCAUACCAACAUCAUGCCAAAAAAACGCAACAUAUUAUUUACAUGCAAGUCUACUAACUUAAUGUUAAUGGAAAUUGGAAUGAAAGUUUAGGCUAAACCUUUUCCAAAACCUCUAGGUGGUGGUGGCAUACUAGAAUGAAAGUGUACAGCUUUUUCAUAACCUCUAGAUGGCGGCAUACAUUUAUAAAAUGUGAAAGUUUUUUUUUUUUUCAUUUUCCCCUAUAUCUAUGCAUAAUGCGCACUAUUGAUUUUUGAAAAUUUCUUUGGGGAAAAAAAAUGCCCAUUAUGCACAAGAAAUUACGAUAAGUCUUCGUAUCCAGCAUUCCUAUCCAUGUUUUGACCUUGUGUAUGACCGUGCUUGUUUUUUUAACUGUGUCCUUGCCUCACGUCUUUUUGGAUACUGUUGCCUGGUUGGAUUGACUACCUGUUUGCCGAACCCUGACCGUAAUAAACUGCCUAAAUUUGCCUCCUA